AUACAACAUUUAUGAUGGCAGUAUUGAUCUCGUAUGGGAGUGAGGCUUCCUCUUUUUUUCUUUUUUUAAUGUCUUGGGGCCCUUCAUCAUUCCUGGCGACCCACAUUCCACUGUGUCUGGAAGCAGCUCUUGAUUGCAGCCAGUAGCGUAAAGAAGCAUAAGAAGUUCAUGUGAACAUGUAAGUUUUUAGCAAAACCAGCUUCUCAAUCCCUACUCCUACAGAGACUCUUCUUGUCUGCAUAGUUUAGUGGUGAAGUAUCAAUGUAAACUAUAACUAAUCCUCUCCCCCAGCACCCCACCCCGCCCUCCUGUGAUUUUGAUUUUUGAAUGAACUAUGGCUUGGAUAGGUACAAGGUUGGAGCAAUAAGUUUAAUUAGGACCUCUGCACUGCAGUCUGGUGCAGGGAUAGUACUGCUGUGAAGUGACUGGUUGGGCAGUUGUCCUCCCUGUCAAUCUAUCUAUCUCAUGGCCAUGACACUGAAAAUAGCAGCCUUGUUUUGGCCCCUCUGACCAGCAUCCAGCUUGAAUGCUAGCAUAAGGAAGUAGAGAAGGAAAGGGCCCUCCUGCUCUCCCCAAUGGCAACCUCACCAUUAAUUCUAUUGCCUUUCAAGAUUCUUCUUAUGGGCAAUGGAAAGGCCAAGACCUAAAUGUGGGUGCAUUGCUGCCUUGACUUAGGGCCUUACUGUGAGUAAAGAUUUUCAGUAGGGUUCAAUGGGCCUUAAAGAAAAGCAGAGAGUGGGGAAGGAAAGAAAAGCCACAACCAUCGUGUAUUGGUCAUUCUCAAACGCUGGUCCCUUUGGAAGCCAGGAGGGUGCUAGUUAUUAGCAGUUGCUUGAUGGAGCUCAUUCUUUUUGCUUAGUUUAAAGGGACAUCUGAUGUUCUCCUCGAGUGCUUUUCAUGGAUAAUAUGCAUUGAGGAUUAGAGAAGUGCUCCAUGGUGUUGUUUCUGAGAGAAGAAGGAUCCGCUUGUCAGACGUUUGAGGUUCUUUGCCUUGGGUCUUAAUAGACAGCAGUGUGAAAGAGAAAGCUGAAAUCCAUGAACAACAACAACAACAACCGGUUGGGCUUCUCUCUCUCCCCUCACAUGAACAUGGAGGUGUCUUCGGAGCCACAUCACCAACCAAAUCAUCAGAGUCAUCAUCACCAAGCUCGGCCCGCCCAUGCUGCUGUCUCCUCUCUAGUCCCAUGCAGCUUCUUUCGAUCUCCACCUCAGCUUGACAGCUCUGGGCUCUGCUAUGGAGUUGAAGGAGAGACUGUGGGGCUCUACUCUCAGUGGUCUGUCAUGCCACUGAAGUCUGAUGGGUCUCUUUGCAUUAUGGAAGCCCUCGGCAGAUCACAGCAGCAAGGAAUGGUGCCAUCUCCAUCCCCAAAACUGGAAGACUUGUUAGGUGGUGGUCCAAACAUGGGGUCCCAUCAUCAGUUUGGGAACAAUGACGGAGAAGCAAUGGCCUUGAGCUUGGACAGCGUAUGCUACCACCAAAACUCACAGCCUUCGGGCGGUAGAAGCCAUCCCUUAGAGCUCCUCCAGGUGCAGCAGCAUCAGCAGGAGCAUCAAUACUUCCAGCCAUUGCAAGAAGGCUUGUGCUCUGGUUUAGCAGGCCAUGGAGUGUAUCAUGGUCCAUUGGAGGAACCAAUGGCAGAUGAUGGGAUCCCAAGCUUGAAAAAACUGGGUAGCUGGGCACUAUAAUGCUGUCAACAAUGGAUUGGGUGAGGAAGGUGGCAUCGGGUCUAGUUCUGUUGGUACAAAGGGAUAUGGAGAUCUGCAGUCCUUGAGCUUGUCCAUGAGCCCUGGCACUCAAUCUAGCUGCGUCCCAGCUGCAAAACAGAUAUCACCUGCUGCAACAACUGAAUGUAUGAUCUUAGAUACACCCAAGAAGAGAGGGACUGGGAAAGGAGGCCAGAAGCAGCCUGUUCAUAGGAAGUCCAUUGAUACAUUUGGCCAGAGAACAUCUCAGUAUAGAGGUGUUACCAGGCAUAGGUGGACUGGGAGAUAUGAAGCCCAUCUUUGGGACAACAGUUGCAAGAAGGAAGGCCAGACAAGGAAAGGAAGACAAGUUUAUCUGGGGGGCUAUGACAUGGAAGAGAAGGCUGCAAGAGCUUAUGACUUGGCUGCUCUGAAAUACUGGGGACCAUCGACACAUAUCAACUUCCCGCUGGAAAGUUACCAAGCAGAGCUGGAAGAAAUGAAAACCAUGAGCAGGCAAGAAUACGUAGCCCACUUAAGAAGAAAAAGCAGCGGGUUUUCGAGAGGGGCUUCAAUGUACCGAGGAGUAACAAGGCAUCACCAACAUGGAAGAUGGCAAGCUCGAAUCGGGAGGGUUGCUGGAAACAAAGAUCUUUACCUCGGAACCUUCAGCACUCAAGAGGAAGCGGCCGAAGCCUACGAUAUUGCUGCGAUUAAAUUCCGCGGGGUGAAUGCCGUUACAAACUUUGACAUAACAAGAUACGACGUGGAAAAGAUUAUGGCAAGCAGCACACUGCUAUCAGGAGAGCUCGCGAGAAGAACCAAAGCAAUAGAAGCAGGCAUUGAUGCCUCCUCAACACAAAAGAGCCGCAGAGAGCUUGAUCUAGCUGAAGAGAACAAUAGCUGUGGUUCUGAUUGGAAGAUGGUCCUCUACCAGUCCCCUCAGCAUAUAUCGCAACCCUCUGAAUCGCUCAAUCACAACCCUGUGGCAAGUAUGGAUGAUUACCGGAGCUCGACACCUCUCUUGGCAGCUCUGCAUGGCACGGCGGGCAUGGAGACGGUGAGUUCGGUCGAAGGUUUGGAGGACUCUGGAAAGAUUGGGAACAAGCACAUAUCAAAUUCAUCAUCGCUGGUAACCAGCCUCGGUAGCUCUAGAGAAGGGAGCCCCGACCGUCCUGGUCUCUCAAUGCUCUACUCCAAGCCUUCACCCAACUUCGUUCGUGACGCCCCGAUGAGUUCUUGGAUUCCAUCAACCCAGAUCAGGCCAACAAUUUCCCUGGCUCAGAUGCCAGUUUUUGCUGCAUGGAAUGAUGCUUAAGCUUCUGCUGUGAUGGUAAAACCAUGUAAAGUUGAUGAAGUAAAAAGAAGAAAUAGGAGAGAAGGAGAGAAGCAUAGUGAGAGAGAGGACAGGAGUCCUUUUUUUUUUUUCCUCCCCAUUUCCCUUUUCCCUUCCUUUUUUCAGUUGUUUACUUUUGGAUGAAAUUGGGAGCAGGCUCUGUCCAUUGUCAGUAGAUUAGAUUUCUUUUUUGAACUCCUUGAAUGAAAUGAUGUUUAGUUUGCU